GUUCGAACCGAAGCGCGCGCAGCUUUAAUACUCUCUACUCACGGCAAAAUUCUUCCGAAACUUCAUACCCCCACUCAGCAACGCGACACUUUCCUCAUCCUCCCUCCACCACCAAACCGCCUUUAACCAAUCACAAAUGGAAUCACUCGAAAGACUACCCAACAUCGUCCGUCUCUCCGAGAGAGUUGUCCGCGUCCUUGGACUUAACCCGAGCAAAUUCACUCUCCAAGGUACAAACACAUACCUGAUUGGAAAGGGCCAGCGGAAAGUCCUUCUUGAUACCGGCGAGGGCGUGCCCGAAUAUACCUCGCUCCUUCAAUCCGUGCUCGAAAAGGAGCUAGCUGGUUCCAUUAUCUCCUCGGUCAUUUGCUCGCAUUGGCACCAUGACCACGUCGGCGGAGUUCCAGAUGUCAUGAAGUUCUUAGCCUCCCGCAACAUCCAUCUCAACGACCCACCCGCUUCUGCCGCCGAUGCAGAGUCGUCCACACACUCUGUGGGGCUCGUCGAUCUCGAUGCUUCUUCAGUCAUGCCCAAGGUGUUCAAAUAUCCAAGUCCAGAACACGACGAUCCCGAGACACGGUUUCUGGAGAUCGCAGACAGGCAGGAGAUCAUAGUGGACGACGAAACUACCUUGGUGACUCUUCAUACACCUGGCCACACAACAGACCACUGCAGUUUUUAUCUCAAGGAGGAGAACACUCUCUUCACGGCGGAUUGUGUCCUGGGACAGGGAACGGCGGUCUUUGAGGACUUGAGCAGCUAUAUGAAAUCGCUGGAGCGGCAAUUGACCAUCGGAGGAAACCAGCCGUUCAAGAUUUAUCCCGGACAUGGACCAGUGAUUGAAGAUGGACCGGCCAAGAUUCGGGAAUACAUUGCGCACCGUUUGGAUCGAGAGAAGCAGAUUCUGAGCGUCCUCACAAGCAGUGGUGGUGGUAGUAGCAACGGCAGCAGCAUUGCUGACAGUAGCAUCAGUGGCGUCAGUAGUGUCAAACCCAACACAGGAAAGACAGCAAUGCAGAUCGUCGCAGUGGUCUAUGAGGCCUACCCACCGAGUCUGCACCCUGCAGCUGAGCACCAGGUUCUGUUGCAUCUCAAGAAGUUGGAGCAGGAUGGAAAGGUCCGUAGAGGGGCCGCUGAGGAAAUCUCGGACGCAGUGUGGGAGCCGAUUCAACAGGCGCAGGCGAGCCUUUGAUCGCAUCGUCUGUGUGUAAGCGUUAGUCGUCUUCAAAAGAAACAUAUAUAUAUAUAAAACACAACAAGGUGGCCCUUCGCGGUGCCAACAAUGUGA